UGUUGCGUACUGUUCCAUUGUAGAGAGGAUUGAAAGUGCGUUCUGUUCUAGACAUAGGCGUCUGACAGGGUAGAUCUCUCGCAAAUCCGUCGCCAUCCUCGGAAAGAGAAUAAAUGAUGACCUCCAAAAUACGAAGAUCAUAAUAUAGACCUUAUAACAUUUCACCUGAGACCAAUAUUACGGAGAUUUCGCGAUCCGUUCCGUAGAAAAGCAAUGGUGAAAGUUGCUCUGUUCAGGAAGGAACCGAUUUCUCUUUUGGGAGUCGGGGGGGUGGGGGGUGUGUAGGUCUACCAGCCAGUUAGUUAGACAGCCGAGAGAGGGUAACAUUCAAGGUGACAAGCGAACUUUGAUAUUUGUAUUGUAUUUCUUAAUACAAGGGCCUUACGGUACACAGUAACGUUGCUAAAGCAGAAUGGAGCUGCGGGUCGGAAACAGGUACAGGCUGGGCAGGAAAAUUGGAAGUGGAUCCUUUGGAGACAUCUACUUGGGCACGGACAUCUCAGUGGGAGAGGAAGUGGCCAUCAAGCUGGAAUGUGUGAAGACCAAACACCCCCAGCUGCACAUCGAGAGCAAGAUCUACAAGAUGAUGCAGGGAGGAGUGGGGAUCCCCACUAUAAAGUGGUGUGGUGCUGAGGGCGAUUAUAACGUGAUGGUGAUGGAGCUGCUGGGGCCCAGUCUGGAGGAUCUCUUCAACUUCUGCUCCCGCAAGUUCAGCCUCAAGACUGUCCUGCUGCUCGCUGACCAGAUGAUCAGUCGGAUCGAGUACAUCCACUCCAAGAACUUCAUCCACCGCGACGUGAAGCCGGAUAACUUCCUCAUGGGGCUGGGCAAGAAGGGCAACCUGGUCUACAUCAUCGACUUCGGCCUCGCCAAGAAGUACCGCGACGCCCGCACACACCAGCACAUCCCCUACCGGGAGAACAAGAACCUCACCGGAACCGCCCGCUACGCCUCCAUCAACACACACCUGGGCAUCGAGCAGUCCCGGCGGGACGACUUGGAGUCUCUGGGCUACGUGCUGAUGUACUUUAACCUGGGCUCACUGCCAUGGCAAGGGCUCAAGGCUGCCACCAAGAGGCAGAAGUACGAGCGCAUCAGCGAGAAGAAGAUGAGCACGCCCAUAGAGGUCCUCUGCAAGGGCUACCCAUCGGAGUUCGCCACCUACCUGAACUUCUGCCGUUCGCUGCGUUUCGAUGACAAACCGGAUUACUCCUACCUCCGACAACUCUUCAGAAACCUCUUCCACAGACAAGGCUUCUCCUACGACUACGUAUUCGACUGGAACAUGCUCAAAUUCGGUGCUAACCGGGCAGCUGAGGACCCUGAUCGUGAGCGGCGGGAGCGCGAGGAUCGUCUACGACACGGACGAGCACCGGGGGCGAGAGGACUGCCCUCCGCAUCCGCCAGACCACGCCCCCCACAGGACACGGCGCCGCCCACGCCGCUAACGCCCACCUCACACACCGUGAACACGUCGUCCCCUCGGCCGGUGACUGGUGUGGAACGCGAGCGUAAGGUCAGCAUGCGUCUGCACAGGGGCGCGCCCGUUAACGUGUCAUCGUCGGACCUGACCGCUCGCCAGGACACCUCCCGCAUGUCCACCUCUCAGAAUAGCAUUCCCUUCGAUCAUCAUGCCAAGUAGCAGAGCAUCACGUCCUCGUCUGAAGGAUCCAGUCUGACUCCUCACGGUGUCUCUGAGUGUGGAGGAGCUGAAGACCUACCGGAACUAGAACCAACACCCGGAACCCAGAACAGGACCUAGAACCAACACCCGGAACCCAGAACAGGACCUGGCUCCAAGAACAACAGCAAGACCACCGCAACUCAGUUCAGUUCAACCCAAGACUCCGCCCCUGUCUAGCACAAACAUGGACCAUUAAAUGCCCCCCCCCCCCCCCCCCCCCUCUCUCUCUCUCUCUCUCUCUCUCUCUCUCUCUCUCUCUCUCUCUCUCUCUCUCUCUCUCUCUCUCUCUCUCUCUCUCUCUCUCUCUCUCUCUCUCCUGUGGAAACAUCAGUGGAAGUCUCCAUGGGAACAGCAGUGGAAAGGAGAGUGACUGCCAGCCCAUAAUGCAACAUUCUCCUGUUGUGUUCAUCCCUCUCCCUCACUCUGCUGCACCCCUGACCCCUGGGAUUGGACCACACACACACACACACACACACACACACACACACACACACACACACA